GUUGUCCAAAUGGUGCCUAUGGAGAUAAAUGUAGUAAACUAUGUAACAAUAGGCAUUGUAAAAGAUCACAAGAAUGUCAUCAUAUAACAGGACAAUGUACUGAUGGUUGUCAACCAGGUUGUCAAAGUGGUAAAUAUGGAGAUAGAUGUAAUCAACGAUGUAACAAGAGACAUUGUAAAAGAUCACAAGAAUGUCAUCAUAUAACAGGACAAUGUACAGAUGGUUGUAAACCAGGUUAUAGAGGAAAUGAUUGUAUAAAAAAAUGCCAGAAUGGUGCCUAUGGAGAUAUGUGUAGUAAAGGAUGUGACAAUAGGCAGUGUAAAGGAUCACAACACUGUCCUCAUAUAACAGGGAAAUGUUAUAAUGGCUGUACGCCAGGUUAUAGAGAGGAUGAUUGUACAGUAGAAUGUCCUGAUGGUUUCUAUGGUGCUGGUUGUCAGAAGAAUUGUAAUAUCAGAAAAUGUCUGAAAAAUUCAAUGUGUGAUCAUGUGACAGGAGAAUGUAUUGGUGGAUGUUCUGUGGGUUAUAGUCCAACAAUUCUAGAUUGUACUCAAGAAUGUGAUGAAGGAUUCUAUAGGUAUAAUUGUUCAUCAAAUUGUUCAGCAAGAUUUUGUCAAUCAGAAGAUCAGUGUAAUAAUAUAGAUGGAGCAUGUGAUUGUCAGGAUGGAUAUCAAGGAACUGAUUGUACUGUUAUUAAAGAAGACUCUAAAGAUGGAGAUGGAAGUAUAGGUUAUAAUUUUGGAUAUAACAAUAGUUAUACCUGUCAUUGUUUAUAUAACGAAAGAUGUGAUACUGUAACUAGUGUUUGUUGUUGUAAUUUUGGAUAUAGCAAUAGUUAUACCUGUCAUUGUUUAUAUAAUGAAAGAUGUGGUACUGUAACUAGUGUUUGUUGUAACGAAUAUUAUAAUAUUAUAUUUUCAGGUUGUAAUUUUGGAUAUAGAAAUAGUUAUACUUGUCAUUGUUUAUAUACCGAAAGAUGUGAUGAUGUAACUAGUGUUUGUUGUAACGAAUGUUAUAAUGUUAUAUUUACAGGUUAUAAUUUUGGAUAUAGAAAUAGUUAUACUUGUCAUUGUUUAUAUAAUAAAAGAUGUGAUGCUGUAACUAGUGUUUGUUGUAACGAAUGUUAUAAUGUUAUAUUUACAGGUUAUAAUUUUGGAUAUAGAAAUAGUUAUACCUGUCAUUGUUUAUAUAAUGAAAGAUGUGAUGCUGUAACUAGUGUUUGUUGUAACGAAUGUUAUAAUGUUAUAUUUACAGAAUGUCCUGAUGGUUUCUAUGGUGCUGGUUGUCAGAAGAACUGUAAUAUCAGAAAAUGUCUGAAGAAUUCAAUGUGUGAUCAUGUGACAGGAGAAUGUAUUGGUGGAUGUUCUGUGGGUUAUAGUCCAACAAUUCUAGAUUGUACUCAAGCUUGUACGAAGGGAACAUAUGGAGAUCAAUGUUCAGAAAAUUGUUCAGAAAGAAAUUGUUUAGUAAAAACAUCACCAUGUAAUAAUAUUAAUGGUAGUUGUGAAGGCAGUUGUAAAGAUGGUUAUAUUUCAGUUGACUGUAAACAAGGUAACCGAGAGCUUCUACUUCAGAAAUUCAUAUUAAUUAAAUCCAAGGCUUAA